CAUCAAACGUAAAUUUUUAAUAUCACAUACUGUCAAAAAUGUGAAUUGAAUAUAAAUAAGUUAUAUUUAUACUUUUUAAAAAGGCGUAAUUUCUUCGCAUGCAUGAAGACUUAAAACACAAGGAUAUUUCCAUCAACAACAAUGCCUUUUAAAUUAAAAUUAAAGAAGUCGAGACACUACAGUGUAGUGUCCAAGUCUUUAUUUGUAAUUUCAGUGGAAAUUCUAGAUGGAACAACAGUUGAAUGUACUUUAUCUUCAGAAAGCACUGGACAGGAUUGUCUGGAUGUUGUAUGCCAAAAACUGAAUCUAAAUCAACCCUAUUUCUUUGGCCUACAAUACUUAAGCAGAAAUAAUGAAAACAUGUGCUGGUUAGAAUUGGACAGGCCUAUUAAACGACAAUUGGAUAAAUAUGCCAGAGGUUUGAAUGUGGCUUUGAGGGUGAUGUACUAUACCAUAUCAGGUGUGAGACUCAUUCAAGAUGAAACAACAAGAUCCCACUAUUUCCUUCAACUAAAAAUGGAUGUGAUGGAAGGUCGGAUCUCUUGUAACCCACAACAGGCGGUAGAACUGGCUAGUUACUGCAUGCAGGCCGAGUUCGGUAAUUUCGAUGCCGAGCGCCACACAUCCCACUACUUGAAAGACUUCGGUCUCUUUCCGCGGUCCUACCAAGAUCCGGGACUCGUGGAACAGCUAACAGAGGCGGCAAGCAGGCAGCACGCCGCCCUUCACAAUUUACCACAAGCCACCGCCGAAGAAUACUACAUUUGCGCCUGUCAAAAGCUGCCCGGUUAUGGAGUUGAAUUUUAUGCGGCCAGAGAUAAGGGCGGAGACGCAGCGAAUAUUGGUGUGUCACUGGUUGGUGUUACUGUGAAACAUGCAGAUGGAAAAGAGAGGCAAUAUGGGUGGUCAGACAUAAGUAACGUAAUUAAUCACAAACGAGAUUUCACAAUAGAAUCAGUUGGGGGGACGGAAAAAGCUGAGUUUCAAUUUCCCGACGUCGAGAGUGCAAAAAACGGUUGGAGGUUUUGCGUUCUGCAACACAUGUUUUUCAGACAAUAUGAAAUGAACAACUUUGACCAAACUGACAAAAGUCCCCAACCACCUGUGUUCCAACAGGCUAGCACAGAGGAGAAAUUAAGACAAAUGGACAGUUAUGAGGACGUGACAAAAGUUAGUCAGUGGGACAGACCAGUUUCUUCAAUGCAAAGUCUAAAUAACAGGGCCCAAUCGACCUCCUGUUUGGACUUAAACAGAUCGACGCCAGAUAUGGAAACGUUGCGCAGUCUUUUACCAUCUUACAGACAAGCACCAGAUUAUGAAACCGCAGUUCAACAAAAAUAUAGAAAUUCCUCCGGUGCAAUCGCCACACGCGAACCUAUCAGAAAUGCACAUCCUAUUUUGUACAGUUCGCAGCCCGAAAUUCACCAAGCCGAAACAUUCGCACCGCAUUUGUGUUAUCCUGAUGUGACUCAUAAUAAUAUCGAACAAAAAAAUUUGUUAUAUAGUUCUGGAUUUGCACAAUCUCAAAUAUUAUCCAACGAGACUAGGCCUCGGAACGUUGUCGAUAUGACUGAUAACAUAGGCAUGUUGCAUUUGUACAAGCCUCCGCCUCCCUAUCCCAGCAACCGGAUUAGUUCAAAUUCCACUCCAGAUUUGGCUGGAAUAUCGCAGCAUGCGAAACCUCAAAAUCAUUUCAUCAAUAACUUAGUUAGUGGAUCUAGUCCAGAUCUGGUGUCCACUAGUAAUUUUUACAUUAAACCUUAUGGACAACUGUAUGCAGAUCAAGCCCAUCCCAUUCAUCGCUCCCAAAGCUUCCUGCCGCCCCAACAUGGCACGUACGAGAACUUGGCUUCCAUUUUUAACAACAACAUGCGAGGUAGACCUCAAGCAGUGAUAGUGGAAAACCCCAACAUAACCAAGCACAUCAAGAAAGUUUACGACGAACACGGCAACAUAAUAUAUUGCAUGCCGGCUAACAUGAAACAGAUUUUACAAGAAAAUCAACUUCCAAGUACUGGAUUCGUCGUCACGCGCAACCAAAACGCCAUGGUAGCGCAUGAUUCUCAUUUGAACAAUUCCACCGAACCUAUUUACGAAAAUAUACCGUUGCCCUGGCAGAAUGACAAUACGGAGAUGAGGGCCCGAACUCAAAGUAUACAUAGCGCACCAGAAAUCAGUCAGGCAACUAACUUGAACGUUAUACAAUCACAACUACAGCAGAUGAACUUAAAUACUGCCCAAGGCAGCAAAGAAAACCUGUACGCAAACAUUAACCAUAACAAUAGCGCCAAGUCUUCCAAAACAGAACUGAACGUUCAUCCUCCUAACAACCUGAACGAGUCUAACAGGUCCAGUAAAAAUUUAAAUUCUUCCAAUGUUUCAAGCAACGUAAGCAUCAAUCGGAAUGAAUCUCCCAGCUCCAUUAACAGAGUGAACACCUUCGUUAAUAAGAACUCGUCUCUAAACACAACCGGUACUAGUUCGUUCGCCGACAACAGCACGGUUUCAAAUGAAACGUUCACCGACACUAGUUCAGCAUCAAACACCAGCUCCACCAAGUCGAAGAAGAAGCGAUGGGGAAUAUUGAUGGGUAGAACUAAGUCGUCGGAGAAAAUCAAAAGUGCUACUUUAGGCAGGGAGAAGGAGAAGAAAGACAAAGUUCAGAUGAACAACAAACACAGGUGGUCUACUGGAUUGCCUCGAUAUAAUCCGCUUCCGCCAUCAAUUAGCAAAGAAACUAUGUGCCAAUUACUCGAGAAUAAGUUAGCAGACAGUCAAUUGUUUUUCGAAUUUGACAAAAUUCCUAAGAAGAAACAAAAUGCCGAAUUUACCACAGCUCUACUCCCCGAUAAUGCAGCUUUUAAUCGGUUUAAGGACGUCUUUCCAUAUGAAGACAAUAGAUUAAGGCUCACUCCAACUAAACACAAUAAAUACGGUUACAUUAAUGCAUCUCACAUAACAGCUACAGUUGGCAGCAAACAAAGAUUCUACAUAGCAGCUCAAGGACCGACAAAGCAAACACUUCCGUACUUUUGGCAGUGCGUUUGGGAGGCUGAAGUUUACCUCAUGGUGCAGCUAACAGAUCCAUCAGAGGAUAUCACCUACCUCCCAGAUGCCGGUGAUCGUUGUAUUGACAUUGACCAGGACUAUCAAGUGUGGUGGGAGUUCUCGCAGACAACGGGCCACUGCGUGACGAGCAAGGUGCGGUUGUGCCAUGUGGCGUCACGACGCUACCGCACCCUAUGGCACCUACAUUACACCGACUGGGGCGAUCAAGGUUGUCCAAAAUCCGUCGCCCACUAUCUUGGGUUUCUCGAAGAGAUGCAGUCUGUGCAUCAGCAUUCGAUGGGCGAAAUUCCGCCAGGGCACAACAAGAAUCCGCCCAUUUUAGUGCACUGCACGGCGGGUGUAGGCCGGACUGGACUGACGAUACUCAGCGAUUUGUUGCUCUAUACAGUCGAUCACAAUCAGGAGGUUUGUAUACCACGAGUCGUUGGAUUACUCCGUCACCAGAGAGCGUACAUCAUUCAAACUGUUGCGCAGUAUAGAUUUGUUUAUUCUUUAUUAAUACAUUACUUGAAACAAACAAGACUUAUUUAAUCUUUUGUGUUUUAGGGAGUUUGUGUGUUUUACACGUAUUUAUUCUCGAGUGAUUUAAUUUAUAUCUCACCCAAUUGUUUUUCGUUUAUUCUCGAUGCAUUUAUAAUUUUAUUGGUUAAUAAUAUCUACGAAAUAAUCAUGAUGUAAUAAAGUUUUAGAUACAGUUAUGAGUAUUUUGUAAGAAACGAAUCUCGAAGUUUGCUGUAUCCUUUUUUAUUAUGCAUAUACAAUGUGAUCCGAAUUAAAUCACUCUUAUAUGUUUAACAUUUAUUUUAUCAAAAUAUCAGUAUUUUUGCCUAUGUUUAUAAAAUUUAUCACCUUUUUCUAUAAAAUUGAUUUAAAAAGUCUGAUUAUAUUAGAAUUAAAUUGUACAAAUUGUCCAUUAUGUAAGUAACAAAUCCUUCCUUAACUAAGACAUUGGAAUUUAUUUAUGUGAUUUAUAACCAUAUUCAAUUUUGACAUUAAAUAUUAUCGACAUUUCCAACAAAUCAUUUUGCGCUGUACAAUUUUUAUCAGUUAAUUAGUAUUUAUUUUUUAAUUUCACAUUUUAGUUUUUUUAUACAUUGUUGGUUGGAUAUUAGGUGAAACUGAUUUGUCGGUUUUGUGUUUAUGUAAUAAUAAAUGGAUAAGUAUCCAUCAAAAUGUAUUAGAGUGUCUAUAUAAUCAUUGUUUAUUUAUAUGAUAAUUUACUCCAAAAAAUUAAAUUAUUUGGAUCUGAACAUUCUCCUAAGAAUAUAAAUAAUUAUAAUUGCCAAAGGUGUUUAAAAUUUUUAAUAAUACAGGAUACACAUGAAUUUAAUUGGUGAAUAUUGAGAUUGUUUCAUAUCCAAAUUUUUAAUUAUAUCUGAUGAAUAUGUUUUAAUGAAGGUAAUAUUCUUAUUUGUGUACAUAAUUGAAAAAGGCACUCAUUAGUAAAAGGCUGUGUAUAUAAUAUAUUUGAUAUUUUAACAAUUUUAUUGUCUGGAAGCAAUUAUUAUUGUGAUCAUGAGCAGUGCCUUAUAUGUAUUAUGAAAUUAUUUCUCGAGUACUCUAAUAUGAAAUGUAUUAUAACAUUAUUUAAAAAUAUAAUAUUAUAAUUUG